AUGGCGGGAAAUAACAUUCUUAGCAUUGACAAGACAGCCGUCUACGAUGAUACGAUCAUAAAGAAGGAGAUUUACCCAUACACACCGUACACCACAGCAUUUGGUGAAUCUGAUGAGAUUCGAAUCGCUAUUCAAAGUAAAGACUCAUACUUGCUACCUAGUGAAUCAUAUAUUUAUAUGCAAAUACGUGCUACAUCUACGGGAGCAACUGCUGCCAAUGAUCCAGAUGUAAAAUUUAUCAACAACUAUGCAUCGUUUCUAUUUAGUGAUGUACGUUAUGAACUCAAUGGCGUUGAAAUUGAUCGCGUUAGAAAUGUUGGACGAGCGACAACAAUGAAACUAAUGGUAGCAUCACGCUUUUCGCAUUUAAAGGGAUAUGCCAACUAUUGUAAAACAUACGAAGAAGUUUCACCGUAUAAAGCCGAUGCUCCUAGAACAAAAGUAUAUGAUGUUGUAAUACCAUUGAGCGUUUGGUUUGGAUUUUGUGACGAUUACAGAAAAAUCAUUCUGAAUAGCAAACAUGAGCUGAUAUUAAAUCGAGCUCGAAACAGUCGUGACUGUACCAAAGGUGGCGGCGAAGCGGCCACAGCCGCUACAGUUGAUAUAGCAUUGCUAAAGAUUGAAUGGAAAAUGCCUCACGUCAUAUUAUCCGAUCGCAUAAAAUUGAAUAUGUUAAACUACCUAGCAAAGAAUCGGAAAAUGGUAAUACAACAUCGUUCAAUGGAUAUGAUGGAAUAUCCCGCACUGCCCGCAUCGACAAGUCAAAUAUGGGCAGUUAAAACCGUAUCGCAUGCAAAUAGACCAAGAUAUGUUGUAGUCGGUUUUCAAACGAGUCGGAAUGGUGUGCGGACUGCAGAUGCAGCUAAAUUUGACACUUGUAAUAUACAAGAAGUGCGUUUACACAUGAAUUCACAGAUUUAUCCAUAUAAUAUGAGCGAACUCGACAUAGGUGGAAGCCUCUAUUCAGAACUGUAUCAUUAUUAUGCUAGCAUACAAUCAUCCUAUUACAGUGGUGUAGAGAUAUCAAAUCCAUUCCAUGUUAGCUAUGGACCGUUCCAGAAUACGCCAUUGUUUGUUUUCGACACAUCACGCACGGAUGAGUCUCUAAUCGACAGUUCGGUGGAUAUUCGAAUUGAAAUAAAAGCAAGAGAAGCAAUAGCAGCUAAUACUGCAGCCUAUUGUCUCAUCAUAUACGACAAUGAAUUUACAUAUUCACCAUUUGACAGCAUCGUAACACGAAAAAUAUAA